AAAGAGUCUCCUACUCGAGCUGAAGUGUUUAUUGAAACUCGACAACCUAAGGAAGGAAAAAAGUUGGAUCCUGAAACAGAUGGCGCAAUUAUAAAGCUUCAAGAUUUGAUUGUAAAUUCUGAAAAGUCUUCGGAAGAAGCAUUUCAGAGUGUGUUUGGAAAUGAGAAACCAGGGAGAGUGAGAUGCCAUGGAAGAACUACAACACGUUCUGUCUUGAAAAAAAAGGAAGAAUUGGCAGAAAUAGAAAAAAGGCAUGCCAAUGAGGUCAAACUAUUAAAUGACAAAAUUCAAGAGUUGGAGGAAAAAUGUGCAAGACAAAUGGCAGAAACAGAGGAAAAAAAUCGGCAGGAGAUGACAUCAAUGGAGCAAAAAUUUCAGUUUCUUCUAAGCAUGCUAAAUCCUAACAAGUCUGAAAUUGAUUUAGACUCCUUUGCAGCUUUUCUAUCAACAACGACGGGCAUUAACAAUGGUUUGCAUUCUUCAACGUCAACUCAUGCUCCAUGUAAUAAUGAAGUGGAUGAUGGCAUUGAUGAAGAAAGUGAAGAUGAAGAUGUAAACAAUGAAGUUUUAAUGUGAUUUGAUGAAGUUUUAUUUCCAUUUGUUGUUUUCAUUUUAUGUUCAAAGUUAAGACACUACUAUUGUGAUGAUUUACACUUUAAAGACAAUGGAUCAUGGAUGUUGAUUACUAGGGUAUUGUUGAACUAUGAUUUGUGAUUGAUUAUUGUUGAAAUGAAAUUCUACCUUUUCCC